AAAUUUAAGUAAAUGUACUCCACUAAACUUAAAUCAAUCAGGUAACAUCGAAAUUGUUCACAAUCGGCGAUGGCAUCAGGCGACACAAACAAAACAGCUGUUGUACAGAAAUCGCGGUCAUUUGGAGCGGAAUUUAGAAAGUUCAUUUCGAGCCCCCAGUGCCCAGCCUCCGAUAUACCAGCAUCGACCAAGAAAGCGCGAACCUUACAAGGACCAGGAGUAAAACUGCCAUGUGAAACUGAGAACGCAUCCGUGAACGAUUCUGCUGGAUCCAAACAGAACCAGAUACACCGUGCAGUACUCCGCAACAUUGGCAACUCUCCAAAAACCAGACCAAAGGGAACAUCAUUCGACGCAAAUUCCCACCGAGGAUUCCAGGAUGUUAAGAGCAAAAAUAUACCGGCGCAGGUACUUCUAAAAAAUAUCUCCGUGGCACAUAAACAGGCCGUAGAUGUGUACAAAGAUAACCAGAACAUUUAUAAAGCGCCCCCUAAGCUUUCAUUGGGAAUGACAGCUGGAAUGAAGAUGCACCUGGGCAUCUCGAAGACGAGCAUCCGUUCAAACUCUUCUCGCGAAAUAUUCCAUGGUACUGGGAACGUUGGAGAAAAGAGAAACAUAUCUCGUGGAUCCAUGAGUAACUCAUAUGGCUCUAAUGGAUCAAAGAACACGAGUACAAUCAGAGCGCAUUCAUCAGCUGGUCAACACGUCAAGUCUGAUGACAACGGUUCUGCCCGUAAGCAUUCGGAGAUGAUCAAGCAAGUCAAACAUGCCACUCUAAACGUUUCAUCUGAUGAAUUGUGCAGAUCGGAUCACUCUACCUCUUUAUCGAGCUCCACUCAAACUGCAGUUUUCGAGUCAAUGACUAACGAGAUGUUUGAAGGUUUGUCUGGAAUCUCAAAACUCGAGCAACGACCGUACCUUCCACGUCAUUCCAUCUCUAUUCGUCCUAGUCUUGAUGAAUCAAGGGUGCAGAAGACUAUUGAAGCACAUUCUUCUUCUACUAGUCGAUAUGACAAUUCCAUUCAUCAUGGUUCUACUAUUCCUCCGAGUAAUCCGAAAGCUGUGUUCAACGGUUCGAUGGGUACAAAAUUUCGGAAUAUGAACGAUCCCAGCAUACAGAUGAACAGCAAUCAAUCAAAGCAAUCUGUAUCAUUCAACGAAAGUUUCACCAAUCUGGAGGUAUCAUUCAGUCGUGUCAUAACAUCAACGCCAAAUCGAGUUUUCCCGAUUGAUUAUUCAAUCAAUUCUUCCACUCAACAUGAGGCAAUGGAUCUAACUGUGCCAAGUUGCGAACAAGCACUUUGCCUGGCCUUACCGAAAGCUACAUCACAGCAAGAAAUUCCCAUUUCACCACUGGACCUACGCACAUCUAGGAAUGUUACUCCGUCUGAACAGGCCACUAUCGAGGCAUGUAGCGAGUUACCAACUGCUGUUCGACAUAAAUUGAAUGUUUACCAGGAUCAAAGCACAGUAUUUCCGCGCGAGGCAGAUCACGACGAUCUAGAUGGUUCAGCUGUGGAGUCUGAUUCAACCUCCAAAGAUGCUGACUGGCAUCCUGAUAAAAACGAUAUUGAAGAUAGCGAAGAUGAGGAUCCUGCUCGAUUGAUUCGUACACCUAAAGCAAAGUCCGAAGAUACUGACAGAGGUGACGAAGAUCUUGACAUCAACAGUGACUCUGAAGAAAGCAUAGAUGGAGAUCCUACAUGCCUAAAUGAUUUAACCAUUUAUGAAUACUUUGAAAAAUACCAAACAUUAGUCAGUGAAGAUGAAUUUGAGGAAAAUUCUGAUGGCGAAGACGAGAUCGAUAAACCACAAAAACGAGCAGCUAAUAAUCAUCCUUUACCGUCGAAGCGUUUAUGCCUUGGAUUGGGUGAAUCGAAUAUAUUGAACAACAACCGAGAUAACAACAUAAGCAUUCAAGGAACUGAUAACAUAGAAAAGGAAGCUGUACAAAUCAAAAUUUCUAAACAACAUAUAAGGAAUCGAAACAAGCGUAAUAAGGAGAAAGGUUUGGAAUAUCAACGUCGGGACGGUACAAUUGUUCCCGCUAGAUCGAUCAAACCAUCUUGCAACUGUAAACUUGAUUGUGGUAAAAAGUAUCCAGAUGAGACUCGGAGAAAGCUCUUAUCAAGUCUUCUACAAGUGAAAUCAUCAGGACAGAACCAGUUCUUGGCCAGUCAUAUUUCUGUGACAAAAACAGCACGUCCAAAGGUUUGUUUAUUCAAAUAUACAAUUUACUUUUACUAUUUAGCAUCGGUUAAAUGUACAUGGAAACAUGGCUAAGACAAACAGACGUAAUACUUAAAAUAUUUCCGUGAUUGGUUAGGCCGUUUGAGCUUAUUUUUAAUCUUAAUCUAGAUUACAGAGCUCAG